UAAAUCUGAAUCUGUAAUUCACCUUUGAACAGGGGGCGCGACCUCAUGAAGAAGAGCCACAGAGGACGGACAGACAGACGUGAGAAGAUACGAAACAUGUCAUAUAAUCAAUGUUAACCAUAGAGAAGGUUACAGUUGCAUAUGAGAGAAAAACAGCGUCCUUCCUUCCUUCCUUCCUUGCUUCCUUGCUUCCUUCCCUUGCCUCCAGUGGGUGGUCUGUGUCAGCAGCUGCACGUGGUGUGAGUGCAGUGUAAAAGCAGAGCAGAGAGCUGAGGUCCAGUGUCAGGCUGCCGGAGUGAAAGCAUGUCUCUGUACCGUAACUUCGCCUGGUUCCUCAAAGGAAUGACCGAGUUCACCAGGAGCGCCUUCCUGUCCGCCUCUAAGAGGUUCGUGGAGAAGGACCUGGAAGUUUCCGUGGCUGGACGCUCCUUCAUGAUAACAGGAGCCAACAGUGGCAUCGGCAAAGCCACCGCCAUGGCCGUCGCUAAGAGAGGUGGGACGAUCCACAUGGUGUGUAGAAACAAGGACAAGGCCGAGGAAGCGAGGGCUGACAUUGUGAAGGAGACAGGAAAUAAAGAGGUCUACGUCCACAUCCUGGAUCUGUCUGAGACCAAGAAGGUGUGGGAGUUUGCUGAGGCCUUCAAGAGAAAGUACAAGACCCUAAAUGUCCUGAUCAAUAAUGCAGGCUCCAUCAUGAGUCAGAGGGAGGUGAACGCUGAGGGACUGGAGAAGAGCUUUGCCACCAACGUUCUGGGGAUUUAUAUUCUCACCAAGAGUCUCGUCGCUUUGCUGGAGAAGAGCCCGGACCCUCGAGUGAUCACAGUGUCAUCAGGAGGAAUGUUGGUGCAGAAGCUCAGGACGGGAAACCUGCAGUCAGACAGGGGGCGCUAUGAUGGCGCCAUGGUCUACGCUCAGCACAAAAGGCAGCAGGUGGUGAUGACAGAGCAGCUGGCAAAGACUCACACAAACCUUCACUUCUCUGUCAUGCAUCCUGGCUGGGUAGACACUCCAGCGGUGGCCAACGCCAUGCCAGACUUCCAUCGCUCCAUGAAGGACAGCCUGCGAACCCCGGAGCAGGGAGCCGACACUGUGGUGUGGCUGGCUGUGUCUGAGGCCACAACCAAAAACCCCAGUGGAUCCUUCUAUCAGGACCGAACGAUGGUGCCGGCUCAUCUGCCUCUGGCCUGGACUCACAGCUCCCCACUGGAGGAGCAGGAGUUAAUGUCUCUACUGGAGGAACUGGCCAAGACGUUCCAGCCUCACUGAGACACUGAGACAGCAGGACACUAACACCAAUCAUCAGCUAACACGGGGCGAGACCAGGGUCCAGCAUGGAUCUGUGUCUGCUGUUGUCCCCAAACUGGUUCAAAGUGGGACAA